CACACACACACACACACACACACAGCUGACUGACAGCUCCAGCCACGCCUUCUGUCACUUCAACACACGCAACUUUACACAGUGUUAGCUCGUGUGUUCAUCAUGCUGGAGUUCUGAUACACGACUCUCUCACCCGGGAUGUUUGGCCGUCGAUGGUCGAUGUGUGUGAGGUGAUACUGGGAUACUGGGAUACACUGAUCUACACCAUGCAGAAUGAGGAGGAGAACACGGACACCGCGUUUAGAACCACUGGGUGCUCCUGGUUGAGUCCGGUCAGCGAGCGGGUCGGCGUUCCUCUGGAUCAGGUGAAUUUCAUCGCCUGCCAGGUGUUCGGGCUAGCGGUUGCGUUCUGGUUCCGGCUCGCUCUCGGGCCGCAUCGAGUCUCCGCUGAGCUUCGGCAUACGGUCGCUGUCGUGUUCGGCGCUGCGAUCCUCAUCUUCUGCUUCGGCUGGUAUGCUGUGCAUGUCUUCCUCCUGGUCUUGGCUUGUUAUGGUAUAAUGAUCACAGCCAGUGUCCACAAUCUUCACAGAUAUACUCUGAUUGCCUCGCUCGGAUACCUCACGCUUUGCCAAGUGAGCAGAGUCUUCAUAUUCGACUAUGGGAUCCUGUCCACAGAUUUCUCAGGGCCUUUGAUGAUAAUAACACAGAAGGUCACUACUCUUGCCUUUCAGGUGCAUGAUGGUAUGAGUCGAAAGCAAGAGGAACUUAAAGACGAUCAGAGGCGUCUGGCAGUACACUCGCGCCCGUCUCUGUUGGAGUAUCUGAGCUACAAUAUAAAUUUCCUGAGUGUCUUGGUGGGCCCUUGCAGUCUCUAUAAAGACUACACUGAGUUUAUCAGGGGCCAGCGUGUGAAGCGAGUCAGAGACGGCAGUUCACAGCAGAACGGCUGGGAUAAAGUGCCUGAGCCGUCGCCUGUGAGGACUGUGGUUAAUAAGCUUCUCGUGUGCGUCUGCUGUCUGCUCUGGUUCUUCAUCAUCACCAAAGCCUUCCCCAUAACGUACAAUGCGGACCCGCAGUUCGUCAGCGACGCCUCUUUCGUGACCAGAUUGGCCUACGCGUUGGUUUCCAUCCAGGCUGCCAGACCCAAGUUCUACUUCGCAUGGACCCUCGCGGAUGCGGUCCACAAUGCAGUGGGGUUUGGAGUCAGUGGUGUGAACGCGAGAGGAGAAGUGUCCUGGGACCUCGUCUCCAACGUCCACAUCUGGGAGAUUGAGACAGCAACAAGUUUUAAAUCAUUUAUCGACAACUGGAAUAUACAGACUGCUCUUUGGCUAAAACGUGUAUGUCAUGAUCGAGCUCCGUUUCACCGCAUGCCUCUCACAUUCGUGCUGUCGGCGAUCUGGCAUGGAGUUUACCCCGGAUACUACUUUACAUUCAUCACCGCUAUACCCAUCACCUUAGCAGCUCGCACUGUGCGCAGAAACUUUCGGGAGUAUUUCUUGUCUUCUCGCCAGCUCAAGAUCUGCUAUGAUGUUGUGACCUGGGCUGCCACUCAGAUGACCAUCUGCUACACUGUAAUGCCUUUCCUUCUGCUGGCCAUCAAACCCACCAUGCAGUAUUACAGAUCGAUGUACUUUCAUGUGCAUGUCAUCAGUAUUCUGGCUGUGAUCCUCUUACCCAGCAAACCCAGGGGCUUCAAGCCUGAAAGACUUGACCGGCAUUCGAACAAUAAUGUGAAGGAGGACUGAACCCUUCUGGUGUGUGUGUGUGUGUGUGUGUGUGUGCACUGAGAGAGCAGAGGCACUGACAGACAAAGGCUACUUUGUGUGAACAAAAUUAAAAAAGAGCUGGUCUGGGUAUUCACUUGCAAACAGGCCAGCGCUGAGCCGUACACACACACACACACACACACACACAUACACACACACACAUAUACCACACCAGAGACGCACUCUAUUCAAUCUAAAAAUACACACAAAGCCAGCUGGAGAACGGAUAAGGGAACACACAGUUUAAGUAGUGCUGUACUCACUAUGAGGCAAAUAUGUGACACCUAUACUAAGUAAAUUAAUGCUGCCCAUUUUAAUGGUCUUUUAAAAUAGUUUAACACAAUUUUUCCUAAUUUAUUUUGGAUAUAACUGCAUGAUCACUUUACACUGAUGCCAAGAGAGAAUUGUUUGAUUUGUUUUUCUUUUUUUUAUAAAAAUGAAGUGAAUUGAUAUUUUAUACUAAUGUGUAAAUAAUAAUGUAUUUAAUAAUAGUGUUAAGAUGUUCAUUUUCAGUACAAUUACAGUGUAGUAAAUAUAUAAUGGCUAUGAAUAAUAAAUAAUAAAUACUGCUGCAAAUAUUAACUGAAGAAUAGUCAAAUUAGAUAUGUUGUGGAUGUUGUUGCCUAAAUAAAGAGGUUUGUGAAUGAA